AAUUUUUUGGUUUUUUUUCUAGUGGCGCAAAGUAUUGGUAAAGUCGUAAGGGUCAACACUAAUGAUUUAAGUAGGAAAAAACGUUAUGUGGCUUUUCCUGAGGGAUCUUCAGUAACCGUGAGUUGUGCGGAAAUAAGAAAGAAAUAAAAACUCCGUUUGAAACGCAUCAGUUUUAUGGAUAGGCAGCCAUUUGUUUGACUGUCGGUAUGAUAGGCAAUCCAAGCAGAGACUUUCUUAGUUAUGCUGUUAACUAUGGUGUGGCGUACAACUUGCCCACUGUUGAGUGGGCGCGUAGGCAUCGUAACGGUUUUUUUAAUAACACCAAAGUUUUAAGACAAAGAAGAUCACGUCAUGAUUUUUAUGAAAAGUUAAUAGUAAUUCUUGAUAGUGCUGGUUUCAACGGAAUGUCGUGCGUCGCUCGUGCUUUAUGUGAAAGUGCAAAAAUUUUUGGUACUUCAGAGUCGAAACGCGGCAAUAUGAUUGAAGAAAUUAUGAAAACUAUAUUCAGUUUUCCUUCAACUCAUUUAGCGGAAAAUGAGCCAGAUGCACAUCAUUAUUUUGAAUAUGUCCACCGCAGUGCUACACUUGACGAUAUCACUUGUAGUUCACAGCAUUGGGAAUGCGAAAUUUCUCUAUUGGAUUUAGCUUUAGGAAAAUAUUUAACAUCGAUUGACCAAGGGACGUCCAACUAUAAAUAUGUGUAA